GCUCAGUGCAAGCUCUAUGAGGUCUCUCAGACUGCAUGUGCCUCCAUUUUGAGGUGUUAGAGUGGAAAAGGGCAGAGUUGUAGCAGUAAGUAGAGGUACAGCAAUACAUCUAGACUCACAAGAGCCUCUGCUAGUCAUGGAUGAUCCAUUCAGCCCCUGCAGGAGGCUGAACAGUACCCAGGGAGAAAUUCGUGUUGGCCCUAGUCAUCAGGCCAAGCUUCCAGAUUUGCAGCCGUUUCCGUCUCCAGAUGGUGACACUGUGACCCAACAUGAGGAACUGGUUUGGAUGCCCGGUGUGAAUGACUGUGACCUCCUUAUGUACUUGAGGGCAGCAAGGAGCAUGGCAGCAUUUGCAGGGAUGUGUGAUGGAGGCUCCACAGAAGAUGGCUGUGUUGCAGCAUCUCGAGAUGACACCACUCUGAAUGCACUGAACACACUGCAUGAAAGCGGUUAUGAUGCUGGCAAAGCCCUGCAGCGCCUAGUGAAGAAGCCCGUCCCCAAGCUGAUUGAGAAAUGCUGGACUGAGGAUGAAGUGAAACGCUUCGUUAAGGGGCUGAGGCAGUACGGCAAGAACUUCUUCAGAAUUAGAAAGGAGCUGCUUCCCAAUAAGGAAACAGGGGAACUGAUCACCUUCUACUACUACUGGAAGAAGACCCCGGAAGCAGCCAGCUCCCGGGCCCAUCGUCGGCACCGCCGGCAGGCUGUGUUCAGGAGAAUUAAGACUCGGACAGCGUCCACACCCGUCAACACGCCCUCCAGGCCCCCCUCAAGUGAAUUCUUGGACCUGAGCUCAGCCAGCGAGGAUGACUUCGACAGUGAGGACAGUGAGCAGGAGCUGAAGGGGUACGCCUGCCGCCACUGCUUCACCACCACUUCCAAAGACUGGCACCACGGGGGCCGGGAGAACAUCCUGCUCUGCACUGACUGUCGCAUCCACUUCAAGAAAUACGGGGAGCUGCCCCCCAUAGAGAAGCCAGUGGACCCCCCACCAUUUAUGUUCAAACCAGUCAAAGAGGAAGACGAUGGGCUCAGUGGAAAGCAUAGCAUGAGGACGAGGCGGAGUCGGGGCUCGAUGUCUACACUACGCAGUGGUCGGAAGAAGCAGCCAGCCAGCCCUGAUGGUCGAGCCUCGCCCAUCAACGAAGACAUCCGCUCCAGCGGCCGGAACUCUCCCAGCGCCGCCAGCACUUCCAGCAAUGACAGUAAAUCAGAGACAGGGAAGAAGUCGGCCAAGAAGGUUAAGGAGGAAGCCUCAUCGCCUCUUAAGAGCACCAAGCGCCAGCGGGAGAAGGUGGCCUCAGACACAGAGGAGGCAGAUAGGACCAACUCCAAGAAAACCAAGACCCAGGAGAUUAGCCGACCCAACUCACCAUCCGAGGGCGAGGGAGAGAGCUCAGACAGCCGCAGCGUCAAUGAUGAGGGCAGCAGUGACCCCAAAGACAUCGACCAGGACAAUCGCAGCACAUCCCCCAGCAUCCCCAGCCCCCAGGACAACGAGAGUGACUCAGACUCCUCAGCCCAGCAGCAGAUGCUGCAGGCCCAGCCCCCGGCCCUGCAGGUUCCCAAUGGGGCAGCCGCCGCGCCUUCUGCAGCCACGCCAGGAGCCACCCAGCUCUCUGCUCCAGGGCCCCUGUCCUCUGCCCCCGCAGGUGCUCCCCAGGGCUCCCCCUCAGCCUCCCAGCCCCCAAGCCAGCCACAGGCCCCCACGGCCCCUGCUCCCCACACCCUCAUCCAGCAGGCACCCGCCCUACACCCACAACGGCCACCCUCACCACACCCCCCACUACAGCCUCUAACAGGGCCAGCUAGCCAGGCCCCAGCCCAGCCUCGUCCCCAGCCCACUCUGCACAGCCAGGGCCCACCUGGCUCUCACAGCCUGCAGACCGGACCCCUACUGCAGCAUCCAGGCCCCCCUCAGCCCUUCGGCCUCCCUCCCCAGACCACCCAAGGCCAGGCCCCACUAGGGACCUCUCAGGCAGCAGCUCACCCCCAUAGCACCCUGCAGCUCCCCGCCUCUCAGGCAGCACUGCAAUCCCAGCAGCCCCCACGUGAGCAGCCUCUGCCACCAGCCCCCCUGGCCAUGCCUCACAUCAAGCCCCCACCCACCACGCCCAUCCCCCAACUGCCUGCCCCACAGGCUCACAAGCACCCACCUCACCUCUCAGGGCCCUCCCCAUUCUCCAUGAAUGCCAACCUUCCACCCCCACCAGCCCUGAAGCCCCUGAGCUCCCUAUCCACACACCAUCCACCCUCAGCCCACCCACCACCCCUGCAGCUCAUGCCGCAGAGCCAGCCUCUGCCCUCCUCCCCUGCCCAGCCUCCUGUGCUGACCCAGAGCCAGAACCUGCCCCCUACUGCUGCCCCCCACCCCCCAGCAGGGCUUCACCAGGUGCCCCCACAGCCACCCUUCACUCAGCACCCCUUUGUCCCAGGAGGCCCUCCCCCUAUCACCCCUCCAGCCUGUCCCUCCACCUCCACUCCACCUGCGGGACCUGGAGCCUCAGCCCAGCCACCGUGCUCCGCCGCUGUUUCUUCAGGGGGCAGCAUCCCUGGGGGUGCGUCUUGCCCUCUCCCCACUGUCCAGAUCAAAGAAGAGGCUCUGGAUGAGGCCGAGGAGCCUGAGAGCCCCCCGCCCCCACCGAGGAGCCCGUCCCCAGAGCCCACUGUGGUGGAUACCCCUAGUCAUGCCAGCCAGUCAGCCAGGUUCUAUAAACACCUGGACCGGGGCUAUAACUCAUGUGCACGGACAGACCUGUACUUCAUGCCACUGGCGGGGUCCAAGCUGGCCAAGAAGCGGGAGGAGGCCAUCGAGAAGGCCAAGCGGGAGGCUGAGCAGAAAGCCCGGGAGGAGCGUGAGCGUGAGAAGGAGAAGGAGAAGGAGCGGGAGCGUGAACGCGAGCGUGAGCGAGAAGCCGAGCGCGCAGCUAAAGCGUCCAGCUCAGCACAUGAAGGCCGCCUCAGCGACCCCCAGCUCAGUGGUCCCGGCCACAUGCGGCCAUCCUUUGAGCCCCCGCCCACCACCAUUGCUGCUGUGCCCCCUUACAUCGGGCCUGACACACCUGCCCUCCGGACUCUGAGCGAGUACGCGCGACCACACGUCAUGUCGCCCACCAACCGCAACCACCCCUUCUACAUGCCCCUCAACCCCACUGACCCCUUGCUGGCCUACCACAUGCCCGGCCUCUACAACGUGGACCCCACCAUCCGUGAACGGGAGCUCCGGGAGCGGGAGCUCCGGGAGCGGGAGAUCCGAGAGCGGGAGCUGCGGGAGAGGAUGAAGCCGGGCUUUGAGGUGAAGCCCCCGGAGCUGGACCCCCUGCACCCAGCCACCAACCCCAUGGAGCACUUCGCCCGGCACAGCGCCCUCACCAUUCCCCCCACAGCCGGCCCCCACCCUUUUGCUUCGUUCCACCCGGGCCUGAACCCCUUGGAGAGGGAGAGACUGGCCCUGGCCGGCCCCCAGCUGCGGCCUGAAAUGAGCUACCCUGAUAGACUGGCAGCCGAGCGCAUCCACGCUGAGCGCAUGGCCUCACUGACCAGCGACCCCCUGGCCCGGCUGCAGAUGUUCAACGUGACGCCGCACCACCACCAGCACUCCCACAUUCACUCCCACCUCCACCUCCACCAGCAGGACCCCCUCCAUCAAGGUUCUGCAGGCCCUGUUCACCCGUUGGUUGAUCCCCUGACCGCCGGCCCGCACCUGGCCCGCUUCCCCUAUCCUCCGGGAACCCUCCCCAACCCUCUGCUUGGACAGCCACCCCAUGAGCACGAGAUGCUGCGUCACCCAGUGUUUGGUACCCCCUACCCCCGAGACCUGCCCGGGGCCAUCCCACCCCCGAUGUCUGCGGCUCACCAGCUGCAGGCCAUGCACGCGCAGUCCGCUGAGCUGCAGAGGUUGGCCAUGGAGCAGCAGUGGUUGCACGGCCACCCCCACAUGCACGGCGGCCACCUACCAAGUCAGGAAGACUACUAUAGUCGGCUGAAGAAAGAAGGUGACAAGCAGUUAUAACUUAUUUAUUUGUUAACGCUGGCUGUGGAAACAAACCCCAAUUCUUGGCGGGGAGAAACAGGACUUUUUACAUACAAUAGGAGCUGCAAAAGCUAAAGGAAUAUCUUCUAAAGAGUUCUUUAUAUAUUUAAAAAGCCCCACAACUAAACUGUAUCCGCUUCCUAGUGUUUGUUUGUAGAGAGGGUUCCUUGAGACUGGCUGGGGUCUCCAUGCAUGACAGUCCCCAGAAACUUGGUGAGUCCUGGACGGGACUGACCAGAACCUUGCCCUGCGAUCUGGGGCGUGGGCCUUCGUUCUCUUUCCUUCCUUAGUUGCUCAGUAGGUGCUAGAACCCACCUCACACCCUUCACUGUGCAGACACACUCGGUUACGUGGGCUCCCAAACCCACAAGGUUUGUAGACAGGCGGCAGAGGAGUUUGGAGUCCAAGAACUAUAAUUUUUAAGAAAUCUUUUAUUUUAAUACAUUGUAGGAAAUCUUCAUAAUUUGAGAAAGUUCUGCAGCAUGGCUUUUUAAGUGUGUAAAUAAAUAAUUUUAGAACAGCCUCUCCCUCCACCUUCCACAAACUACUAUUUUGAUCUAUUUUUUUUCCAGCCAUGUCACUAAUUGUGAAUUCCUACCAGCUAUUGACAGAAUACAGAGUUGAUUUUUUAAUACAAAGUUAUAUAUAAUUAUCCCUUUAAUUAAAGGGAGCCAGUGGGCGUUACUAAAUACAGUGGACAGGAGCUCGAGACUAGAUGCGGGCACAGCAAUGAGCGUCCAGGGGUUUGCAGGGACAGUGUCACAAGCUAUGUCUUUGUUUGGCUGCUUUGGUUGUCACUUGUGUCUGGUCCUGCAUGUGGUUUGCCGGUGGUGCAGACGGCUGAAGCUCCCUCAUUUUGCUCUGGGCGUGCGUGUGCAUGCCCCCCACCAUCCUUUCUCUGUGGGCUCCAAAAAAGCACGUGUGUCUGCCUGUAGAUUUCCUUGCAGAUGUCUGUACACACGUUGGUUGUUCUGGAUGAAUUUGCUUUUAAUACUAUGAAAAUUUCAUAGACAUUGUAGAAAAUUUUAGAACAAUGCAUACAAGUAACUCGCCCAUGAAAGACACAUGGGCCCAUACUUGCAAACGCAUCUGCCCGCAGUCGGCCUGGGGGCAGCGCUAGGACUACUGCCGGGAGUCCUCUGGCUCUUCUGGCGGUGAGGACUGGCCCACGCAUUCUUGCUGCAGGCGCAGAGAGACUGCUUUUGAGCGAGUUGAACCCGUGAGGGUGGUAGCUCACAUUUCUGCCCUUGGAGCAGGUGGCCCACAUCAGACUGGGAACCGAUUGAGGCCCAACCCUGGAUUGUGGAGUCAGGAAGCAGUCCCCACCCCACCAGCGGUUCCACUUCAGAGGGAGUGGGCCCUAGAGCAAGCGGUCCUGGCCGGGGGGCUGCCCCAUGCCCAGCAGUUAGCAUAUGCACUUUCACCCAAGCAGUGGGCGUCAUGAGGUCCGCGUCCAUGUCCCGCUGCUGCCGGACACGGCCUUUCCGUUGUUCCUUCCCUCUCAGACUCUCAAGGCUAGUCCUGCCAUUGUAGACUCUUUUCUGUGGUGGUCGCUGCAGGGCCUUGUCCAGAGAGAGCCCUCAGGUCAGUCAGCAGGAAGGGCCAGGGGCCAGAGGCCAGAGGCAUCCACAGACUCACCUGCAUCAGGGGCAUUGCCAGGGUACGUGAGUGUCGGGCUGCUUCAGUUGGGACAGAGAGGGGCAUGUUCUGUUUGUUGAAAUGUUUGUCGUAUUUUCCCCUCAUUUUCUCUCAUUCCAUUUCUGCCUUAACGUUAGCUCCUUAAGGGAGGUAAACUCCCAUUAAAGUUUGGUCAUCACAGGAAGGGCCAUCACACCCUAUCCCACCCCCCCACCCCCAUCCUGCUGAUUCGGGUCAAGCGCCAGCGUCCACUGAGCCCCGCACAGCCGCCACCACCCAGCAGCAGCAUCUCUCCAAAGGGGAGUGGAAGGGCUCUGCGGGCAGGCUGUGCUUAAACACGGUCUGAAGGCUCUUACUAAGCUCUGGUCUUCUCCCCCUGGUCCAAGGUGAAGCGCUGAGAUUCCUCCAGUAUCAAAUCCAACCCUGCCCUCCCCAGAGCCACCACGGUUGUGUAGGACAGCCCCAGACCUCACAGUGUCUUUCAGCGCCACAGUUGUUUCCUUUUGGAUGUUCCUUUUGUUGGAAGUUUGGGUUGGCUUUCCUGUGUUCCGUAUGUAUCUUGUUCCAUGUCGUUGGGGUGGAGCUUGGUGUUCGCUGCGACAGUGGCGCGGAGCACACACGCGGCCCUCUGUGUUAUAUAUAUCUGAAGCUAACUGUACAUAGGAGUAGUUUGCCAUGAGAUGACACAGUGUAAACAGUAGACACCCAGAAAUCGUGACUUCUGUGUUCUCUCCAUUUGAGUAUUUUGUAAUUUUUUUGAAAUAUUUGUGGACAUAAAUAAAACCAAGCUACACUACA